AUGCUUUUGGAUUUUGCCUUAAAUAAAGAGUUUGUCAAACGUAUGCAUGUGGCCAGCCUGCUUCAUCAACCCACCAUCACACUGACUAUACAUUUCCUGUCUGAACAUCAGUUCCAGUGUUCCAUCUGUCUGGAUGUGUUUACUGAUCCAGUCACGAUUCCAUGUGGACACAACUUCUGCAACAGUUGCCUUACAAAAUGCUGGAAUCUGAGUCCACAAUGUCACUGUCCAUUAUGUAAAGAAAAAUUCACCAAGAGACCUGAACUCAAGAUCAAUACAACACUGAGAGAGGUUGCUGAUCACUUCAGGAUGAAAAGUCAAGUUGAUAAACCUGCAGUUCUUUGUGAUUCCUGCACUGGAGAGAAGCAGAAAGCUCUGAGAUCAUGUCUGGAUUGUGGUCUGACAUUUUGUAAGUUGCAUCUAGAGCCUCGUCAUAAUGUUCUAAAACUUAGAAAACACAAACUCAUAAAUCCUGUGAAGAACCUGGAGGACUACAUAUGUCAGAAACAUGAGAAACCUUUCGAACGGUUCUGUAGAGACGAUCAGACGAGCGUGUGUCAGAUCUGCUGUUUGGAUGAUCACAAAAACCACAACAUUAUUUCUAUAGAGAAGGAGACUGGAGAGAAGAAGACUCAACUGGGUAAAACGCUUACAGAGGUGCAGCAGAUGAUCAAGGAUCACCUGAAGAGGAUUCAAGAGAUCAGACAGUCAGUAGAGUUUAACAAAAAAACCACACAGAAAGAGAAAACAGACCAUAAUAAAGUCUUCACAGAUCUGAUUCGCUCCAUUAAGUCGAGUCAGGCUGAACUACGGGAGGUGAUGGAGAAGCAGCAGACAGCUAUAGAGAACCAGGCUGAACGAUUUAUCAAAGAUCUGCAGCAGGAAAUCACUGAACUAAAGAGGAGAGAAACUAAACUGCAGCAGCUUCUGAACACUGAGGAACAUCUCAACCUUCUACAGGUUUAUCCAACAAUCUGCAGCCCUCCAACCAACAAGAACUGGACCGAUAUUAGUAUCAACACUGAUCCAGAUGUGGAGACUCUGAGAACAUCUCUCUCUCAGCUUCAGAAAACUCUGGACGAGAAACUCAAUGAAACUCUGGAAGAGAAGUUGAGAGAAACAGAACUGAAGAGGAUUCAGCAGUAUGCAGUGGACGUGACUCUGGAUCCUGAUACAGCAAAUCCUUAUCUCGUUCUGUCUGAUGAUGGAAAACAAGUAAAACAUGGAAACACAAAGCAGAAUCUCCCCGACACCCCAAAAAGAUUCACUUAUCAUCCCAUAAUUCUGGGAAAGCAGAGUUUGUCCUCAGGUAGAUUUUACUAUGAGGUGCAGGUCAGUGGGAAGACCGAGUGGGAUUUAGGAGUCGCCGGAGAGUCUGUAAACAGGAAUGAUAAGUUUACACUGAGACCUCAGGAUGGAUUCUGGGCUGUGUUUCUGAGGAACAGGGAUGAAUAUAAAGCUUGUGCUGGUUCCUCUGUCCUCCUCUCUCUGAAAGAGAAACCUCAGAAGGUCGGAGUGUUUGUGGAUUAUGAGGAGGGUCUGGUCUCGUUUUAUGAUGUGGAGAAAAGGGUUCAUAUCUACUCUUAUACUGGUCAGACGUUCACUGAGCAACUCUAUCCAUACUUCUGUCCUUUUGAGAAAGAUGGAGGUAGAAAUGCAGCACCACUCAUCAUCACUGCUGUAAUAAAGACUGAAUAA